AUCCACGCUCAUAAACAAACAACGCCUGAAGAUUCAAAGAAACCACUCUUAACGCGAAACAAAUCAAGUAACUUCUCCCCUUCUCCCCCUACUUUUGAUUGCGAAGAUGAUGGAGUCGGAUCAUUUAUUGUUGAUCGGCGAGGAAUGCGGAGAGAAAUUGGGGGAAAUGGCGCGAAUGAACAGGAGUUUGGAUGUGGAGAGCGGGGAGUCGUCGACGGAGGAGGUGGAGGUGGAGUCGCCGAGAUCGGUGGUGGUGAAGAAGAAGGUAGAGUGGGUGCACAGCCAGGUCUUGAGGAUAAGAGAGGAGGAAUCGCAUCUUGGAGAGGAUUUCCUCAGUGAUCUUAGGGGACUGAGCGGUAAAGAUAGCAAGACUGUCGUCGGUGGCUCUCCUAAGCGGCAUCGUGUGAACGUGGUGGUCUUCUCGAGGCCGAUCUUGCCUUGCUCGCCUCUCAGCGGCAAGAACACAGUCAAGGCGUUGCACUGAAACAAUUAAUCUUAUCUAUCAAUGGAUCGAACGAGGUCUGCUUUCUUUUUUCCUUCUCCAAGCUUCUUGUUAAUUUCUUGAAUAAAAUUUGAUCGUUUUAUGUGUUCUCCUUUGAACUCUCAGAAAUUCUGAUCGAUGUCAAGACUUUUUCCAUAGUAUCUGGAAACACCAAAACCAUAAUCUUUUCCUAGCAACCAAACGGUAGAUAGGAGAUUGAUUUGCCUUUUGUUUUCAAUUAGCUUGUUCUCGUUGAAAUAUGUUGUCUAUUGCGUUCUGGAUUGUAAAACAGAAAUUUUCUUUGAAGAUUACAGAAACUUAUUAUUAUAACAUCAUGUUAAGAUAUUGAAAAUAUGGAAAUUUAAUGUUCUGAGGUUGCUGAUAUGGAUAUUUUUGGUUAAAUAUUUUGGCAGGAUCAAGUAGUAGAUCAAAUAGCAAAGAGAGGAGCUGCAGUUUAAUGUUUAGUGAGAGGAAGUUGCAUUUUGCUUCUUCUUCCUUUUUUUUUUUUAAUUUUUUUCUGUAGGGGAGUCCUUUAUCUCUGUAGAUGGCUCAUGUAUAGUCUUCCAACAAGAACACAAAAUACAAAGAAUCUGCAUUUUGCAUACAGCUUCUCUUCGCACUUUAUUUUGUGUUCUUUUCCCCUUAUAUUCCUGCUCUUUACAAUAUUAGUCUUUCUUCCAUUUACAUUUUUGAUUUUUCAGUUGGGAAUGGCACUAUUGUCACGAAGCAAGGUGUUUGGGAGAACCCUUUUCCCAAAUCCUUUGGUGGAUGUUUGAACAUGGAUACCCCAGCCCGAAUCAGUGA